CUCUUAUCACUGGCCACUCAGCCCCUGACGUCCACAGGGGGCUGCACUUUAAUUUGCAGGAUAGCCAUCUGCUAUUCUUAUAACUCAACUCUGUGGUGCUGCAUUGGGGGAGAGAUCUCUGUUCUCCCUCCACUUCUUUUCUCCUGGUCUUUGUUGUAGUUUCCAUCAAGCCUGCAUGAAAGUGAAUGGACUUGAUUAGUGAAGGGAAAGUUUUUGCUAUUUGUCUACUGUGAAUCAGCCAUGAGCUCCAGCCUGGUCAACUCUUUAGCCAAGGUUUAUGACCCAAAGCCUCUUCAUGGUCAGAAACCUGGUGGAAGGAAGCUGUCUCUUAAUGGAUCAGACAAGUCUCAGGUUUCUUUCUCUUCAUCAUCAUCUACCUCUUCUUCUCACGAUGCCGCCCUGCGCUGCGUGGAGAGCCGAAUGGACUCCCUGAGCUCUCAGAUGGAGCGCCUGCUCAACAUGCAGCAAACUGUCUUGACCCGGCUUGACGGUCUGUCCCAGGACGUCAGGGGUAUGGGUCGGGAUCUGGCCUCCAUGAGCGAGGAGGGUCACGGGGGAAGACGUGGCUCAGGGGUGGAGGUGGUGUGCAGGGAGCUGCGCGGGGCGAUGGAGAAGGCCAGCGAGCGGAUGGAGAGUCAGGGACGCAGGCUGGAGGGGGUUGAGAAGCUGGUGGAGGGCACCCAGCAGGUGAUCAGCUUCAUCGGGGAGGUGGUGAAGAGCUCCAGGCUGGUGGAGCUGCUCUUCAAACAGCCUGGAAACAAAGCUAACAAGAAGGCAAAAGACGACAAGGAUAAAGCCAAACUGAGCCUGAAGGGCUUGAAGGCCCAGAAGAAGAGGAAGCCCCCGGACACGUCAGAUUCAUCCUCCCUGAACGAGCCCGUGCUGCAGGAACAGGUGGAAAAGCUCAACAGGCAGAACGCUGAGCACUCCCACGUUAACACGGAGGCUGAGGCCCAGAGGGCGGAGGACAGAGGAAGUGGAGGAAGACGACAGGAGCCAGCAGAGCUGAUCCUGGAUGGACCGCACACCUCUGCCACCGAGGAGAGCAAGACGACAACUGAGGACAGAGCGGAGGAAGAGGAGGGGGAAAUCUUUGAGGACUCAGAGCCUGAGCAAGAGGAGGAAAAGGGAGGAAAUGUUAGUGCAGAACCAGCUGGGAAAGUGGAGGAUGAUGGGAAGAAGAGGCAUAAAGGAGAGGCAGAGGAGUCAGGGAAAUCAGAAAAGGCCCAGAGUGUCAUCACAGAUAUUUGCAAGACCUCUCUCCUACCACAGGAAAGCUCUGAGGAGGUCGGUGACGUGGCCACCUGCAGCAAACGUCGCGUCACAGAAGAAGACCUGGUGAAGGACGACCUCAAAAAAAGCAGAGUGGACAGUAAAGUGGAAAGCACUGACGGAGGACAGGUGGUGGAGGCGGGCGAGCCGCAGGCCUUUAAAUCUGAUGAAGCAAAGGCAGAAGUGGAGGAGGAGGGGGAAGAGGGAGAGUCGGGAGUGAAAGAAUUCAUUAUUGACUCAAGCCCUCCACCGUUAGCACCUUUCGACCACCGCAUCGUGACCCCCAAACCCCAUCAGAUAGCCACCUAUUACACCAUCAACAGAGAUGAAGUCCUGGGAGGGGGACGUUUUGGGCAAGUCCACAAGUGCAUGGAGAACUCAUCUGGUCUGACGCUGGCUGCCAAGAUCAUCAAAGCCCGGAGCCAGAAAGAGAAGGAGGUGGUGAGGAACGAGAUCCAGGUGAUGAACCAGCUGAACCACGCCAACCUCAUCCAGCUGUACGCCGCCUUCGAGUCGCGCCACGAUAUCAUCCUAGUCAUGGAAUAUGUGGAGGGAGGGGAGCUGUUUGACCGCAUCAUUGAUGAGAACUACAACCUGACAGAGCUGGACACGGUGCUGUUUAUACGCCAGAUCUGUGAAGGGCUGCAGUACAUGCAUAAAAUGUACAUCCUACACCUCGACCUCAAGCCGGAGAACAUUCUUUGUGUCAGCAGAGCUACAAACAAGAUUAAAAUCAUUGACUUUGGCCUGGCCAGGAGGUAUAAACCUCGGGAGAAGCUGAGGGUCAACUUUGGCACACCUGAAUUUUUAGCUCCUGAAGUCAUCAACUAUGAGUUUGUUUCAUUCCCCACGGACAUGUGGAGUCUUGGUGUCAUCACUUACAUGCUGCUCAGUGGUUUGUCUCCGUUUCUGGGGGACGAUGACAACGAGACACUGAACAACAUCCUGGCCUGUCAGUGGAACUUUGAGGAGGAGGAGUUCACAGACAUCUCCGACGAGGCCAAAGACUUCAUCACCCGUCUGCUGGUGAAGAGCAAAAGCUGGAGGAUGAGUGCUGCAGAGUCGCUCAGACACCCCUGGCUGUCAGACCGGAGUCUGCACUAUCGACUAAAUCAGAAGAAAAACAAGUGCCACUCCACACAUGCUCCUUCUCCAGAGAGCUAAACAGAAACACUGUGAAGCCCUCAGCAUGCCUUUUGACAAUGUAGGGCCGUGGAGCCCAACACUGGACCAAUGCUGCUGUACCUGUAUGGCUACUGGAUGACUACUCUCUGCCUUGCAUCCUCACGUUAGCUUAGCCCCCGCAGCUCCUAGCUCCGACCUGAAUAGCGUGAGGCACACAGGAUAUAUGUCAAGACAUAGACUCUCUGCUAGCAUGGUUACUGUCCUGUAGAACAGCAGACUUCAGAGAGGACUCUCUAGCUCUGUGGUGUCUAGUUACUGUAGCUGCUGAAUAAAGGCCUGCCUUUACUGUCACUGCUACAUGUGUCACUGCAGAGGUAAAGAAAAUGAAAAAGAAUGAAAAAGAAAAACACUGCUACUCUCCCACUGCCAGUGAUCGAUUUGUCUUGUUGUCCUGGUUUGUUGCAUGCUUUGCACUUUUUGGCCUCUUUCUCCAAGAUUCAGCGAACAACUUUAAACUAAGUAUAAACUGAAUUUUAUUAUUUAAAUGAUAUAUUUUUGUGGAAACAGAAAUUUUCUUUCUUUUAAUUUACAAGUCUUAUUUAAAAAAAUUUAUUCUUUCUAAAACAUAAGCUAAAAAUACAUUUAGAACUUGGUUGAAGUUGAUGUCACACCUCAUUAAUUUAUUUUGUAUAUAACACAGAAGAGCUUUAUUUUCCCAUUUCCCCUGAAAAGUGAGAAUAUCUCAAUGACUGAAUACUUCCUGGUUCGUGCCAUAUUCAGCCCACAUUCUUCUGCUCCAUUUUCACUGUAGACUGGAUUGCCUUCUGUAUGCAUUCAUGCCGCUAGCUCGCCUUUGCUUCGGCAGUUUGGAGUAGCCCUGUCACCUUCCAUGAAGGCAUAAAGCACAACAGAACACUACCUAUGAAUAAUUCAUGUUACUGACUGAAGUGGAUUCUUAUUGUUCAUUUAUUUACUGGUUCGACACCAGGCUGUACUUGAAGUGCAAAGCUUUUAUUCAAGAUGGGAUUGUUUUUCAGGGGAGACAAACAGGAUUUCACUCAUUGUUAUGUGUAAAUUCACAGUUGAGUUUGACGGAGAGCCGACAGCAGAGUGUGGAAAAAUAUCAGUCAGUGCUUUAUUGUCCCGUUCUUUAAGAGACGGGAAGUUGGAUGAAUAUUCAUCACUCAGCUGUCGGCUCUUCUGUUUGGAAAUGGAAAAGCUUUGUGAUUUUGAAUAUUGUUUAUUUGAAUUUAUGAUACUUUUUUCAAGUUUUUCUUGUGUAAUGAGACAUAAAUAAAUGUAGAAUAUAAAUAAAGAAAUAAAUAAAGCA